GACACCAACCACGAUCGCUGCCGGCCCGCGCAUAAGGAGAGGCCCUCCCCCGAUGGGGCAGACACAGGGCAGGCACAAAUCGCACGCGAAACACGCGACGCUGGGCGACGACCGGGAGCCAGAACCCACCGCAGCGAGGCGCCGCCCACCGAGCACCGCCGCCAUGGACACCUUCUUCCUGUCGCACGGCUCGCCCACGCUCUCCAUCGACGAGACGCUCCCGGCGCGGCACUUCUUCCAGUCGUGGCUGCCCGCGGCCGUCGCGGGGCCGGAGCGGCCGCGCGCCAUCCUCAUGGUGUCGGGCCACUGGGAGACGGCCACGCCGGCGGUCAACGUCAUCCGCGGCAGCAACGACACCAUCUACGACUUCUACGGCUUCCCAAAGUCCAUGUACAAGCUAAAGUAUCCUGCACCCGGCGCCCCUGAUCUGGCCAUGAGGACGAAAGAGCUCCUGGAGCAAGGCGGGUUCGGGCCUGUCAAGGAGGACCGCAGCCGCGGGCUCGACCACGGCGCGUGGGUGCCGCUGAUGCUCAUGUACCCGGACGCCGACAUCCCGGUGUGCCAGCUCUCGGUGCAGACCGACCGCGACGGCACCUACCACUACAACCUCGGCAAGGCGCUGGCGCCCCUCAGGAACGAAGGCGUCCUCAUCCUCGGCUCCGGCAGCGCCACCCACAACCUCCGCAAGAUUGGGCCUACGCACUCGCCGGUGGCGGAGUGGGCCUCCGAGUUCGACAACUGGCUCAAGGACGCACUUCUCGGCGGGAGGUACGACGACGUGAACCACUUCCAGGAGAAGGCACCCUACGGAAAGAUGGCUCACCCGCAGGCGGACCAUUUCUACCCGCUGCACGUCGCUAUGGGCGCCGCCGGGGACGAGUCCAAGGCGGAGCAGAUCCACCAGAGCUGGUCCAACGCCACCCUCUCCUACUCGUCGUACCGUUUCACCGCCAAGAACUGACGGCCUCGAUCGGGCGGUGUCGGUCGAAAAGAACCUCGGUCGAAGCAGCUGCUUCAGACGCACGCGCGGCCGUGUUUCUGUAUUUGUUUAUACUACUUACCAUUUUACUCCAGUGCCGUGGCAUGUGUUGGUCAGCAUAAAUUGAUUGGAAUUGUGGCGUGGUUCUUGACAGUGUGUUGUCACUCAUAUCAUAUAUCAUACUCACUCCGUUCCAUGAAAACUCGUCUUAGGUAUGCAUGGGACGGAGGGAGUACAUUACAUGUUUCACUUCUUUUCGUUAA